UCUUCCCUAUUUUGCCCAUAAAUAUUACCUGCUCUAAAGCUAAACCUAGCGUCGUCGAUUUUCGGCUGGGGGUCCUCUGUGUCCGGAUUUCAGUGUUCGCCGGGCUCUUUUGGAUGAGGUUGUAAUUAAUGUGAUGUGGCAAAUGCUUGGCCGGGAGCAGAGCCAACGCCUAAAUUACGAAUGCAACUUUUGGGGCGAUGAUCAGCCCGUGAUGGACAGCGAAAGCAAUGAUCAGCAAGCUAAGCAAGAUCGUCUGAGGACAAAAUGGAUGCCUGCGCUAGAUAAGAUCUUUGCCGACAUAGUUGUGGAUCACAUUGUCCAGGGGAACAGGCAAAACAAUGCAUUCGAUAAGAAGACAUGGAACCAGAUCCGGGAGGAAUUUAAUCGACAGACAAAUCUCAACUUCAACAACAACCAAUUGAGGAAACAUCUUGAUGUUCUUCGCACGCGCUACCACCAUCUGCAAUCAUCUUAUAAUCAAAACGAACCUAUUCAAGAUCCUUCUUGCUACAUGGGAUUCGACCUUUGGGAAGAUAUUGGGGCACAAUCCAAGAAUGAUCCGGCAAAGGGAAAAGAGUGUCCAAUUUACCAACAAUUAUGCACAAUAUUCGCAUCAGACGCCGGUGCGGAUGGAAAAUACGCCCAAUCCAGCCACUACGGAGAAUUAUACAAAUCUCCCGGAAUUACAGGCAUCGGCCCUUCAACCACAGCAGAUGGCGCAAGCCCACUUCCCGAAACCCCGUCAACAUCAAAGCUACCCGAUGGCAACAUAUUUUCGCCCCGUAGCACCGGCAAGAACAUGAUCGAUAAAAAAAGGAAGCGCCCUUUGGAAGCAAGCCCCGAACAGGGUAAUAAUUGGGAUCAAGAAAUAGGCGCCCCCAUGGUCGAAGCUAUGUUAGACAUGAUCAAUUCUUCGAAGUUGAAAGGCCUUACGAAUUCUAUGUUCGAUGAAAGAUUCUCGAUCAGCAACUGCAUAAAGGCGCUGGAUGAGAUCCCGGGCAUCGAAGACAACGUUUACUACGCUGCAUUGGACAUGUUCGAGGCUCCAAGUUUCCGGGAGACGUUCAUUUCUCUCAACGGUAAUCAAGUAAGGCAAAUGUGGUUGCAGGGUAAAUGUCGCGGCCGUGGCCUGUUCAUAAAUUGACCGAUCGUUCUUACAUGUUUUACCCGGCCGGAACUGAAUUUUCGGAAUCGCCGUUCUGGCGGCUGAGACUUGUCUGGUAAAUGUAAAAAUUUUAUGGGUUUUUGGGAGGAUUUUUAGAGCAUGGUUUGGGAAGGAUAUGAAUGAAAAGUAGAAAUGAUCGAACAGUCUUCGUCUUGGUCGAAAUAAGUAGAUAACAGAAAAUCUUUAGAA